CAUCCGUGCGGCCUUUCCCAUCUUGCCGCCAUUUCUCGAGCAUAUAUCAGCCUCAUGUAAGACUACACAUGUAUGGAGCUAAUCCGGUCCAAAGCUUGGCCUUCAACAACAUGCUAGAAUGGUGGGAGUCGCUGGAAAAAGCAAGGCUUGCCACGACUGUAAGAGGAGACGUGUGAAAUGCGAUUUUGAGCGUCCAGCAUGCCGACGAUGCGCCAAAGCAGGCAUUGAGUGCUCUGGCUAUGCGCAGGAAGUGGUCUUCGUGAACAGGAGUAUCGAUAAUCCUACCGUAUCAGCGCCCUCUGUGUUAGCUAGGUCCAAGAUCCAAUCUAUUCAAGAAGAGCUUGAUGAGCUGGUGAGCCUAUCACAAACACCAGAGUCGUCGGUCCGCUUCAGAGCAGGUGUUUUCAAACUCUUGCAGAAAUUGUACCUCCCACAGCCCGAAGUCGAAAGCGAUACCUCCGACCAUUGCGCCCCAUUCACUUGGUUCAGAGCUGUGUGCGAGCUCGAGAAGCCCUGCUUGACACUCAAUCACGCACUCGUCUCUUUCUGUACGGUCCAAGUACUUGUCACGAAUACUGGCAAUGUGACACGUGAGCAAGCUUGGGAAAGAUAUCACGAAACUCUGGGAUAUCUGUCGGCCGCGCUGAACGAUAACGAUCCGAGUCGCUACGUCCAUAUUCUCGCGUCUAUUCUAGUUCUCUCGACCAAUGAGCUAUUCCUAUGUCCCACAGAUGAUGGAAUGCGAGUCCAUGUACAGGGAAUCGCAGAUCUCCUCCGUCUGAGGAAGGGCUGUUCGCAUGUAUCUCCUGAGAUAAGGGCUCGAUUGUUCUCUAGGCUCCGCAUUAUUAGUGUCCUCCAACAACUCACCUGCCACCAACCUGGCCCAGUCAGUCCGUCCCGCUGGGCGUCGCUCAUGGCCGGCGACACCGCCCUCGAUCCCCUGGACACUCUCUUCGACAUCGCCUCCCGCCUCCCACGCACUCUUGCAUCGGCCUCUCACCUAUUCUCUCAAUCCAAACCCCUUGUCCCAAGCCAGCCCCCCAAAGAAGACAUCUUCGCCGUAACAACAUCCCUCUGGAGCACCCUCCGCGAUAUCUACACCUGGCAGGACACAAUCCGCAGCUCCUCCCCCACCCCACCAUACACCGCCGUACCCUCGCGCCUCACAAAUCCAUCCGAUACAAGACAUGGCACCCCGCUCUUCCCGUUCGCGCUCGAGUUCCGCUCCAUACAGAUCGCGACAUUACACGUAUGCUCAUGGGGCUUCCAGCUGCAUACCCUCCUGAUCAUCUCUCGGCUUUCAAGCUCGUUUCACUCUUCUGUUCCUCCUGCUGGACCGUCAGGAUCAACGGAUCCGCUCUCGUCUCCGUUUUUGCCCUUGCACAGCGUAUGCGACGAAGCGGAUAAACUUGCGCGUCUUUUGUGCCAAUCGAUCGAGUACUGCCACAGAGUCGAGAUGGGGACGUUUGGGCCGCAGACGAUGGUGUAUUCGCAGUGGGUGCUGCGGCAUUAUUUUGGCUGGCGGGGGGCUGUGAGGGAGGCGGAGUGGUGUGCAGAGGUGGAGAGGAUGAGGGGAGAGGGGACAUGGUGUGGAAUUGGAUUGUUGAGGCUGACGGGUGAACUGCUGUGAUCGAUAAAGUACCGUCAGUACGUGAUGACGAGAGGUAUAACUUCAUAUUAGUGUAUACAAGAGGGGGUUGGCACAUAGCAGCGAGGCAACAGUCAUGAGCUUAAUCAUGAACAUAUGUAUAUAGAUAUGACAAAAUAUCUGUCGUGAGCC